AUGAAAACCAGAGUAUCAGAUCGGGAGGAAGGUUUUGAAUACCAGUACCCUGCCAUUCUACCUAGCAAACACCCUGUUGUUGAGAAAAUGAUCAGGCAGUACCAUUUACAGAAUAAACAUGCAGGAGUACAAGCGUUGAUUGUCAUCCUUCGUGACAGAGUGUGGAUCCGAAAAGGCAGAAGGGCUGUUGGAAAGGUAGUUCACAACUGUGUUCGAUGCAAGCGACACAUAGCAAAAGCCUUAGAGAUGCCAUCACCUCCCUUACCCACAGACCGCACUCAGAUUUCUUCAUGUUUUCAAGUAUGUGGGAUUGACUUGGCUGGUCCAUUGAUCACUAGAGAUAAUCAGAAGUGUUGGGUGGUAAUAUUUACAUGUGCCGUGUAUCGUGCAGUCCACUUAAAAGUCAUCCAAUCCCUCAACACAGAAGCAUUCAUAAGAGCCUUACGACGGUUAAUAGCUAGACGAGGCCGGAUAAGUGUUAUCUAUUCAGAUAAUGGCACAAAUUUUGUUAGUUUAAACAAGAAUCUGAAGUCUCUGAACUGGACUGAAAUCCAAAAUACAUUCAGCCUCAAUGCAAUUGUGUGGAAGUUCAUUCCCCCUGCAAGUCCUUGGUGGGGAGGAUUUUGGGAAAGGCUGAUAGGGAUCCUAAAAGGACUCCUCCGGAGGAAUUUGGGAAAUUCGUCUCUCACAUACGAAGAAAUAAACACCCUAGUAUGUGAAUGUGAGGGAAUAAUGAACAGAAGACCACUAACAUACGUCUCAGAGGAGACGGGAGACUUAAGACCUCUGACUCCAUCUAUGUAUUUACAAAGCAUUGUGGGAAAUGAAGUCACGGACUUGGACAUCCUAGAGAGAACCAGUUUGAAAACAAGAUGGAGAUAUAUUCAAAGUCUAAGAGACAAUAUGAACUCCCGUUUCAAAAAGGAGUAUUUGGGGUUCCUGAAAUCGUCCAACAAGUUAAAAUCCGACGAUAUUAAUGUUGGAGACGUGGUAUUGGUUCAAAUUGAAGACAGAAGAAGAAUUACUUGGCCUUUGGGUAUUGUAAUAAAACUGUUCCCAGGGAAAGACGGCAAAGUUCGGUUGGUACAAGUAAAAACUAAAAAGGGUUUAAUACUAAGACCCAUACAACGACUGUACCCACUGGAAGUUACCGGAGAAGGACUGAAUGAAGACUUCUUAUUUUGCGACCUCGCAAAAAAAAAAGGGGGAGUGUGUUAUAAAAUGUAA